AUGCAUGCACUGUGGUAUGACAUUAAGAAGGUGAAUCCAAAGAGGACCAUAGAUGGAGGGUCAUUCCAAGUAAACCCUGACGGGACACAAGAGAGGAGUAAGAAAGGAAAAAAAAAGCGGCACAGCACGAGUAUCCUCCUUUUUUUUUUUUUUUUUUUUUCAUCCUUACAGUGGGAAAGUAUCGUAGAGGAGUAUGAAGAUGAAAUAUUCUCACUUAUCGCCCAAGAGGCAGACUAUCUAGCUGACAAGCUGUGCAGUGAAAAAUCAGGUACUGUGUCUGAUGUAACAUGUGCUCUCUCUACAGCCGUGUGGGGUUGGGUGUUUUUUUCAAACCCAGCGUACUGCUUUGCAGGAGAACUGGGCUGUUGUUGAAUAAGCAAUGACACUACAUGGCUUUAAAAAAAACCAAACAAGCCCAAACAACCAAACAUCCCCUUUCUUAAAGGCUUUUAAUUAUCUUAAGUCUUUUGUGCAUAUUAAUGCAGCAUGGUUUGAGCAUCCCAGCUAAUGUGGUAUGUUUUCCUCUCAGUGUUACAUGACUUUUUGCUCCUUGUGUGUCUGUGCUGUCAUUUCCAGGUCAGAAAUGAAACUAACACUCUUGCAACAAAAUACAGGCAUUUGUUUCUUCUGUUUAAUUGUUAAUUGCAGCCACUAAGCUGAACUGGGAACCAUGAGAGGGCAGGUUUAGAAAUGUGCUGUUCAUUUUUAGGUGAACUCUUCGUUGUCAUCAGACAGGAGCUGUCCUUAGA